CACCACCACCUUCACUUCAUCUACUGAAUCUCAUAUUUCUUCAUUCUUUCAGUUUCUGCAUCAGAUUCUUGCCCGAAUAAUGGACCAAACCUGGCGAAUGCGCUUUGGGAUUCCGCGGUUCCGUUCCCGGAGAUCGGAAGACGAAACCUUGCACCCCAAACCCACCACUUUCCACCCAGACGACUUCUCCGACGUCUUCGGCGGUCCGCUGCGGACAGUCAUCUCCAGGCAAUUUUCCGACUCCAGUUCCUUCUACGAAGAAGUAUUCCGAUCCACGGAGUUCGAUUCUCGGCCGCGGAAGGCCGGGCGGAGCUUGCCGGCGUUCAGAAUCCCGGUUAAGGAGGAUAGGUUUUACCGCGAUGUAUUUGGAUCCGACGACGGCCGGCGGUCGAGAGAUAGGUCGGAGCCGAGCUCCAAGGAAUUCACCAGAUCGAACUCAUCCUCCGACCUCAGCCCCCUCCGGCCGCUCGUCGGAGAUGACGUGGCAUUCCCUUCAUCUUCUUCAAAUCACAGGCAAAGCAAUGUCUCAGCUCAAUGGAAUUCAUACAGAACCAUGUUCAAGGAACAAGAAGUGCCUCAAUUUCCACCCGAUCUCUCUGCCCAUAUAGAUAACCAGUAUGUGGAAGAUGAAUACGAUGAUGGUUUCAGAAGCUCGGACCAUGGAUUCGGCGACCCAAUGUCGUCACCAGAAACCGUUGGUCUGGAACCAAAUUCAUACAGAAGCAUCAAAAUCCCUGUGGAUGAUUUAGAACUCAACUCCCCGUCAUCUGCUUAUUCUUCACUCUGUGAAGAUCCGGUUUAUUAUGGUGAUAUUCAUUGUAAUGUCUUACCAGAAGAUGACGAUGACGAUGACGAAGAUGCUAUGAGCUCUUAUGUCAUUGAGAUAAAUUCCAUCAAUAGAGAAGAAUAUAGAGAAGAAGUUUCUAUCGAUGAUGCAAUUGCUUGGGCUAAAUCGAAGUAUCAAAGUCCCACGUCCGAGACAGAUUUGAGCGGUAGACCACAAGAAAGUGAGCAAUCUGGUGAAGAAGAAGGAAGACCUGUUGCGUUUGAAUUUGCAGAUCAGCAGUUGAAUGGAAAUUUGCAAACAGCAGAGACACAACAGAGAGAUGUAAAAGUUGAAGAAGGAACGCCACAGGUGGACAUCGAUAGAGAACUGGAAGGACUGGAUGAAAAAAUCAAGUUAUGGUCAGCCGGCAAGGAGACCAAUAUCCGUUUGCUACUUUCCACGCUGCAUUAUAUCUUGUGGUCGAGUAGUGGGUGGUCUGCAAUAUCCUUGGCCAACCUGAUAGGAGGCUCACAAGUGAAAAAGGCUUACCAAAAAGCAAGAUUAUGCCUCCACCCAGACAAGCUGCAGCAAAGAGGAGCAACAAUGCUGCAAAAAUAUGUUGCUGAGAAGGCUUUUACCAUUCUUCAGGACGCAUGGGCUGCAUAUAUAUCUCAAGAUGUCUUCCUUAACUAGAGCCAUUUUGACUGUGAAGCUCAAGAAAGUAGCAAGUCUGGAACAUUCAGAAGCUGAUACCCAUUUUUGCAUCAAGGAUUUGAGAGUGAGCCUGAUUACACAUAUGAAGAAAGUUGUGUAUAAAACAACAAUCAGGUUGACUACGGCCUGUAUGUAAGAUAUAUUUACUUAUGUAGUGUAUGUGCAGAUUUAUAUUUCCUUGUGCAGCUACGUUCUAAAGAUGAUUGCAGAACUCUUGCGCUUUGCAUAUGUACAAACACAUUUGAAUAGAUUUAUAUACAUAUUAAUACAAGUUCAGAGUCUUCAGAUGCAUGUUCUUUCAAUGUAAUGGAAAUGUACUUUCAAG